AUGUCUUUUGUCACCAUGUGUUUAUGGUUGUACAAGUAGUCUCGAGGUACAACUUACAACAACUCAGCCUAUUCUUGCCGUAACUUUUGUUUUGUCGCGCCUUUCCGACACUACGGUCUCUGCUACAACAACGUAUCCAUUGAGAUCUCUGACGGUGGCUCUGCAUCCGCCACCGUCCGAUCUCCUCAUACUCAUCUGUGCCAGACGACAGCGUUUCGAGAUCUGCCAAUUCUCUCAGUGACAGGUGAUUUGAAAAGUUCUUCCUAGUGUAAAGGAGUGCUGGAGAGAUAUGGAAGUCAACAAUUGGCAUAAGGAGCUUACAUAUGAUGAGUGGGUACCAGUUACUGUAUCUGGUGCUCGCCCAGGUCCUCGCUACAAGCAUGCUGCAGCAGUAGUUGAUGAAAAAUUAUACAUUGCUGGUGGGAGUCGUAAUGGCCGACACUUAUCUGAUGUUCAGGUUUUUGAUUUAAGAAAUUUGACGUGGUCCUCUCUGAAACUAAAAGCAAAUGUUGAAAAAGAGGAUGGCGAUAGCUCACAGGAAAUUCUUCCUGCCACAUCUGGUCACAGUAUGAUUAGGUGGGGGGAGAAACUACUUCUUCUUGGUGGCAGUUCACGGGACUCUUCGGCUGAAUUAACAGUUCGAUACAUUGACAUUGAAACAAGCCAGUUUGGAGUUAUUAAGACUUCUGGAAAUGUCCCAGUAGCUCGUGUGGGACAUUCUGCAACAUUAGUUGGUUCAAGAGUGAUAUUGUUUGGUGGAGAAGAUAUGAGCAGGAAGCUGUUGAAUGAUGUCCAUGUUCUCGAUCUGGAAAGUAUGAAUUGGGAAAUGAUAGAGACUAGCCAGACUCCUCCAGCUCCUAGAUACGAUCAUGCAGCUUCUAUUCAAGGACAGCGCUACCUUCUAAUAUUUGGUGGUUGCUCUCAUUCUGUCUUCUUCAAUGAUCUUCAUUUAUUAGACAUGCAAACAAUGGAGUGGUCCCAACCACAAACUCAAGGUAAUUUAGUAUCUCCAAGGGCUGGUCAUGCUGGUGUCACUAUUGAUGAAAGCUGGUAUAUAGUUGGUGGUGGAGAUAAUAAAAGUGGUUGCCCUGAAACCCUGGUGUUAGACAUGUCUAAGCUUGUAUGGUCAGUAUUGACUGUUGUGAAGCAAAAAGAUCCACUUUCCAGUGAGGGUCUUAGUGUCUGUUCGGCAACAGUUGAUGGAGAAAAGUAUCUGUUAGCUUUUGGAGGCUAUAAUGGGAGGUACAGCAACGAGGUUUUUGUUAUGAGACCCAAGGAAAAAGACAUUGUACGUCCUAAGAUUUUCCAAUCACCUGCUGCCGCUGCCGCUGCAGCUUCUGUUACUUCUGCUUAUGCGUUGUCUAAAUCAGAGAAGUUGGAUUUCAUGCAACUAGAUGAUAUGAAUUCCAACUCACAUGUAAAUGGUCAUUCUAAAGACGAUGUGACGGACAAAUUUGAAGCAAUUAAAGAAGAGAAACGAAUAUUGGAAUUGUCAAUUGCAGAAGUCAGGGCUGAAAAUUCUAAGAUUGGAGGCGAGAUAGAAGAGUUAAAUAAUACUCAUGCUGAGUUGUCCAAGGAACUCCAGUCAGUCCAGGGACAACUUGUGGCUGAGAGAUCAAGAUGCUUUAACUUGGAGGCCAAAAUUGCAGAACUCCAGAAGUUGCUGGAAUCAAUGCAGUCAGUGGAGGAAGAGGUACAAGCUCUUCGUGAAAAGAAUUCUGCUCUGGACCAGGAAAUGGAGCUUGCUGCAACAGCACAGAGACAGAGUUCCGGUGGAGUUUGGCGAUGGUUUGGUGGGAGUGAGAAAUGAGAAGUAUGAGGUCAUGGCAGCAAUGUCAACUGAAAGUGAUAUAUUGAGUCUGAGGAACCUUAACAGGUUAUAUUCUAUUUUUUUUAUUUUUUUCAUUUAGAAAAUAAAAUUUCUUUGUUACAGAACUUUUAAGUUAUCAUCUUGAGUUGAAAUGAUUGAUGGACUCCAAUUUUGAAGCACUGAAGACUGAAACUUUCGAGAUGGGUACAUAAUCUUUUUGAAUUUGUAAUGCGUACCUAGACAGGUUUACUUUUGACUGAUACAUUUCAUGCUCAACUGUCCAUUAAAUUUAUAGGAUUUACCUUUUAUUUGAUUGUAUUCAUUUGAUUAUAUUGGAAUCUGAUUGACAUGAUUUAUUCCAUUUUAAAUAUAACUAGCUAGGAUGUUCGAUUGCCAA